AUGAUGCAGCAACCUUCCAAGAUAAGGAUUCCAGAUCACAUUUGUCUGUUCCUUGUCCAUCCUGUACAUUCUGUGUGGUCCUGUGCCCGGUCCUGUCCUCCCCUCUGCAUAUGCACCCAGGAAAGAAGCUGCUCAGUUCUCUGUGACCGUGCUGGACUUCUUCAUGUGCCUAGUGAAUUCCCCUGUGAAGCAUCUUUUAUCAACCUGGACAAAAACAGCAUUAAGUUCCUGUCAGAGAAGGCAUUUGGAACACUACCAUCACUCAGAGCUCUCUCUCUUAACCACAACAACAUCUCCUUCAUUACACCAGGGGCUUUCAAGGGCCUUCCCAACCUGAUUGAACUCAGAAUGGCUCACAAUGAGUAUAUCAGAUAUCUGCAUACUAGGACAUUCACAACACUUCGGAAGCUUGCAAAACUGGAUUUAUCAGACUGUAAUCUUUUCAAUAUUCCAGACAGAAUUUUCAUUGAUCUCCCAUCUCUACAUGAGUUCAUCUGUUUUCAAAACAAUUUCAGACGGAUUCCAGGGGCGAUUAGAGGAAUGGGAAACUUAACCCACAUAUACCUUGAGAGGAACAAAAUUGAAGCAGUAGCUUAUAACUCACUGCAGGGAUUGGACAAACUGAAAUACCUGAAUCUGCAAGAAAAUAAAAUAAAUGUAAUUCAUGACAAAGCUUUUCAGGACUGCCAGAAAUUGGAAUAUCUAUAUCUGAAUGACAACUUGUUAGGAACUUUACCUGAGUAUUGCUUUGAAGGACUGAAACAUCUGAAGAUGUUAAAUCUUGGUGGUAACAUGUUAAAGAAUGUAUCUAGCACCUGGUUUACAGAUCUAUUUGAACUUGAAGUUUUGUAUUUGGACAGAAAUGUGAUUACUUAUGUAGAGGAAGAAGCUUUUGCAAACUUAACAAGUCUGAUUUCGUUACAUUUAAACAGCAACAACCUGACCACCCUUUUCAUCAGUGUUUUCAAGCCUGUCUUCUUUCUUGGAAGGCUGUACCUCUUCAAAAACCCCUGGGAGUGUGAUUGCAAGAUAGAAUGGCUCAAACAGUGGAUGGAGAAUUACAAACUGGUUAGGGAUAUUCCAUGCACCUACCCAACUUCGGUAGCAGGCUUAGAUCUCAGCAAAGUAGUAUUUAAUAGGUCACCAGAAGGCAUCUGCUUAGACCCAGUAGAGCAGAAUAUGACAUCAUUUGCCGUGACUCUUCCAGAAGAACCCCAUUCCACUGCGAAGAGUAGAUUAAGCAGUCUGAUUUCUGAAAUGCUUCAGCGAAAAAACAAUGAGAAUGAGGAAAACUCCACAAAGCUUUUUAAAAAUAUGAGUGAAGUACAUGGAACAGAUCUGAGGGAACACAACACUAUCAGCCUUUUCACUGAUGACACAAAGAAUGGUGGAGAAGUUGAGGAUGGAAGGAAAAGUCUACAAAAGGAUUUGUAA